UCAUCGAAGUAAAGUUUAUUAAAUUGAAAGAGAAAAAAUUAGUCUUAUUAAACGCAAAGCAUUUUAAAGAAAUGGCAAAGAACCUCAACUCCGUUAGUUUCACCAUUCUCUUGCUUGUUCUUUUGAUGGCUUCCACCGAAAUCCUGGAGAGCGAUGCUGCAUGUUUCACGUUCUUAGGCGAGUGCGGGCCGGAGCCGUUUACUGGUUCAAAUGCUGAUUGCUUGGCCUGUUGUGUAGCACUCUACAAGAGUCCACCAGUUUGUGCUGGACGUGUUGAGGGAAACCCGGCUCACUGCCAUUGCUACGUACAAAUCUUAAAGAGGUUUACAUAACCUCUCAUAUAAUUUACCAUGUGUAACUUUUGUUUUCAUUCGGUACUGUGAGGACAUUUCAUCUCUGUAUGUUAAUGUUCAAGUUUCUUUUGCUUACAAAUAAAACAUCAAGGGCAAAGCUUGUCACUGCUUGCCCCUAAGUGUAAGCUCAUGCAUGCACUUUUCAUUUGUUCUGAAUAAUAAUAAACUCGUUUUGUGUUU